AAGUUUAUACAGAAAAAGAGCAUCUCAGUAUUCAUCUCAGUAUUCACAAAUCGAUGAAAAAAUGUUUUUUUUGAAGCUUUAAUCUGACCGAUUCAUUCAAUUCUCAAUCCAGAUUGCCGAUUCGAAUCGAUUAUUGAGAUGCCCGAUCCGGGUCACCGAUCCGCUUUUUAAACCGUUGGUUUUAUCUAUUUAUCGGGCUUUUAAUACAGAGAAAAUAACUUAAAUACUUGCAUCAGGGCUUCAUCCGGAGAUGGGAGAAUCGAAAUUGGAGGAUAUGCCACUUCCUGCUCUUUUUGAGCAGGCUCGGAAAGUACACAUCUUAGCAACAGAAGAGACUGCGGAUCCUGAGAGUUUGAAGAAGGCAUGUGAAGCCUUGGAACAUUGUGAGGAAAUGAUAAGCAAGCUAGGACUUUUCUCAUCAAAUGAGUCAAAGGAGGACAUUAGUACAACUGAUCUAAAGUAUUUACUGGUUCCUUUCUAUCUGGGAGAAUUGACAGAAAACAUUGCACAGACUGAUAGGAUUCAGGCUCUUAAGAUUUCUCAACAGAGACUGAAGGAGUUCAUUUCAGUUUGUGAAAGGCUAGAACUUGUGCCGGAAGAGGAACUGACUUCUGUUCAGGAGGGACCGGAUACACUUGUUGCGCGAAGGGAGAAAAAGGUUGCACGCUAUAGACGUCAAAAGGCUGCUGAAGCAAAGCUUCAAGAUAUGAAGGAGCGGAAAGAACGUCGAGGGCGAUCUUCUCGAGCAGCUGCUUUGACUACUCCUAUUGAGACUGGUGAGGAAGAUGUCCUGGAUGAUGAUGGUGAGGAAGAAAGGGAGGCAUGGCUUACUACAAUCUCUUUGGCGCUCUGUAAGGCCUUUGAUUUACUUGACAUGUUUAAGAUGGAGGAACAAAUGCUUUCUGUUAUGAGGGAAAAGCAGUUACAGGCUGGAAAUGACGAAAUAAAUCAGGACAUCCUAGAUGAGCGUGCAAAAAGAGCGGAAAUGUGGCAUAGAAAGGCUGCUAGCCAAGCACGGUUCACAAAACCGGCACCACCCAUCACAUGUGCCACUUUUGCGCAAGAUGUCUUGGAAGGCAGAGCAAAGGCUUCUCAAGCCCAUGAACACAAGCACGAACCUCUGACAUUUGGACCUGCCAGCCUCAUAAGUGGAAACCUGACUACUGAAAGGGAGAGGAUGGCUGCCCAGGUCUUUCAGCCUGGUUACAGAUUACCCACAAUGAGCAUUGAAGAAGCAGGGUUGAGAGAGAUGGAAAUGAUGAACAAAUGGCAAGAGAGAAAUGCCAAACUCAUGGAGGAGGCCAACUCGUCAUGGUACAGUGACGGCCAUAAUAAUAAGCCACGCAAUGAUGAUGAUGAUGAUGACGAUGAUGAUGCGGCAGUGCAGAAGGCAAGGGCAUGGGACGACUGGAAAGAUGAUAACCCUCGAGGAGCUGGCAACAAGAAGCUCACCCCAUGUGGUUAAAUGCCAUGCCGAUCCCAAACGAUUCUUGCAAUUCUGAGAUAGAUGAUAAAAGGAUUAGGAUGGCUUGUAUUUGUUUCAUACGGUGGAAGAGAUGUUGCUUUUGUUAACUUUUUGUUUUUGUUGUUUUGAGGAUCAAUUAUUUUUGUAAAAUUUUAUC